UUCGGCCUGUUCAACGGCAUUAACGACGCUAUGGACCCCACAUACGUAGGCGAUUUCUCGGAAGAGUAUUAAGGAAGUCGAAGAUUGGUUCAAGAGGCGGGGGAAAGACCUAAGUGCUGACAAAGCUUUGGGAAAGCAGGUCAAGCUAUCCGGGGGGAUUGUCGGGUAGAUGCUCCUCGGCAUGUCGUCACACCACGUAGGUAGCAGUCUAUAUCAGACUAGCACUAUUAAUUCCCACAAAAUGUUCAAGGGGGAAUUAUGUUAGAGCAGUCAUGUAUAAAGUCUUGCUUUAUCGCCCUGACUGUGACAUUGAGUUAGGGUCGUGAUACCAACUGGAUACGCAAUGGUGCACUAUUCAUUAACGACAGCGCUUUGCUGUCUCGUCACUUUGGUGUACUCUCAGAAUGCGACUUCGACAUACUCGCAACCAGAUGUUCCUACGGGUGUGCCAUUGCCUGGAAAUUACGAGGGGAGUCUGCGUCCCCAGGUGCACUUCAGCCCUCCGGUCGGGUUCAUGAACGAUCCAAAUGGAAUGUUUCUUGAUGAGAAUGGAACAUAUCAUCUUUACUACCAAUAUAAUCCAUCAGAGAAUGUGGCUGGCAAUCAACACUGGGGCCAUGCUACUUCCCAAGAUCUGUACACAUGGACGAAUCAACAAAUUGCGUUAUUCCCCGGAGGACCGGACGAAGGCAUCUUCUCCGGCAGUAUUGUAGUAGAUUCCAAUAACACAUCAGGGUUCUUCCCGAACCAGACGAAUGGCGUUGUAGCUCUCUAUACACUUAACACUCCUGAUCGCCAAGUACAAGACCUUGCAUACUCUGUAGACGGCGGCUACACAUUCACCAAGUAUGACAACAACCCAAUCAUUGGCAGUAACACGAACCAGUUCCGCGACCCAAAAGUCAUUUGGUAUGAGCCGACACAGCUAUGGGUCAUGGUUGUCGCCUAUCCGGUUGAUUUCGAAGUGGGUUUCUUCACGAGCCCAGAUCUCCGAGAGUGGACGGCCGUGAGCAACUUCACCCGCUUCGGCGUGACCGGAUGGCAAUACGAGUGUCCCAACUUUGUCGAAGUGCGGGUGGAAAACAGCACAGAGACUCGCUGGGUGAUGCUCGUCUCCAUCAACCCCGGAGCCCCGCUCGGCGGAUCCACCUCCUGGUAUACCAUCGGCAGCUUCAACGGCACGCACUUCGAGCCCGAUGACUCCACUAUCCAGCUCACGGACAUUGCAAAGGACAACUACGCUGGCCAAUUCUUUUACGGCCUCGGUGCUGAUCAGGACCAGAUCACUCUGGCCUGGGCGAGCAACUGGCAAUACACAAACGUGGUCCCGACGGCGGGCAAUGAAAUCGGCGAUGGUUUCCGCUCCGCCAUGACCGUUCCUCGCGGCCACUUCCUCCGCGACGUCCCCCGCAAAGGCCUCACCUUGCUCAACUACCCCUGGAACAUCCACUCCAUUGUAGAUACGGAGUUGGCUUUGAACAACUCUUUCCAAAACGGCUCUGUUGUGCUCGACUACUCGGACGUAGAGUCAAGAGCCAUCUACUUCGAGGCCAACAUCACGGGUCUCGCAUCUUCAGACAUCCUGGCUGGUACGCUCAACUUCACCUUCACCUCUUCCGUCUCCGGGGAGUUCGUCCGAGGCGGCUUCUCCAUCGCCCCGGACAAUAACCUCUGGCUGGACCGCGGCAACACAAACGGAUUCGACAAUCCAUACUUUUCCGAUAAAUUCUCAGGCACUGCCCUGUACAACGAGGACGGCGAUGGCGAGUUCCGAAUCUCGGGGAUCGUAGAUAGGAGUAUCAUCGAGUUGUUCGUCAACGAGGGAGAAGUCAGCGGCACGAGCGUGUUUUUCCCUACAGAACCGCUUGAUAUCAUGUCGCUCAGUGUGAAAGGGCUGAACGAGGCGGCGAGUGCUAGUGUUGGGGUGUGGGCGCUUAAAGCGGCUUGGUUGGAUCAGGCAAAUGCAAAUGGGACUGUCUUGGGUAAUGUGACGGCGGUUUGA